CGCUGUAAAAUUUCAGAAAACACGUUUUGCACUUUUCAAAUGGCAAUUUCUCUCGAUUUCUGCGUCUGUUGAUUUCAAAACCAGCAAAAUGCAGGUGUCGAAUCCGAAUAAUAUUAAGAUCUACAACCUUAGUGCUGGAAAGUCGCUUCCAGAGUGGCUCUCUGACCGCAAGAGAAGAUCACUGCUCAAGAAAGAUGUUGACAUACAAAGGAGAAUCGAGUUACUUCAAGACUUUGAGAUGCCAACUGUUAGUAAUUGCAUCAAAAUGACUCCAGAUAACCGAUACCUUUUUGUCACAGGUGUUUAUAAACCAAGAGUGCGGUGCUAUGAUGUUUCUCAGAUGUCCAUGAAGUUUGAAAGGUGCAUGGAUUCCGAAGUUGUAAAGUUUGAUGUAUUAUCAGAUGACUACUCAAAGCUUGUUUUCCUUCAAAGUGACCGUUAUGUUGAAUUCCAUGCUCAGUAUGGACGUUAUUAUCGCACAAGAAUACCCAAAUAUGGCCGUGAUAUGGCGUAUCAUUCGGCGAGUUGUGAUAUGUAUUUUGUUGGUGUUAGUCCUGAAGUGUACCGAUUAAAUUUAGAACAGGGGCGAUUUUUAAAUCCAUUAAAAACAAGUGCAAAUGAAAUUCUAUGUUGCCAGAUAAAUCCACAUCAUAAUUUAUUCACUUGUGGCACAGCUGAGGGUAAAGUUGAAGCUUGGGAUCCACGAUGUCGAACUCGAGCAGGGAUUCUGGAUGUAGCUACAGGAAUCAGUGCUCAUAAUGAUGGGGAUCUAGAUGGUCUUCCUGCCGUCACUGCCUUGACAUAUAGAGAUGGUUUGAAUAUGGCUGUAGGGACAAGCACAGGACAUGUUGCCCUGUACGACAUCAGAUCUCCACACCCGGUGCUAGUCAAAGAUCACAUGUACGGUUUACCCAUCAAGAAGGUGGCCUUCCAUCAGGCGGAGCGCGAGUUAGUCAUCUCCAUUGAUAAGAAGAUACUGAAAAUAUGGGACAGAAAUAAUGGCAAAGCUUUUACCUCAGUGGAGCCAGGGACAUAUCUAAAUGACCUAUGUGUGGUCCAGGGUUCUGGCUUAUUCUUCCUUGCCACUGAAGCACCCAAGAUGUUAACAUAUUAUAUUCCGACCCUUGGUCCUGCUCCGAAGUGGUGUGCCUUCUUAGAUAGCAUGACAGAAGAACUGGAGGAAAGUGCCACGCCAAUGGUUUAUGAUGACUAUAAAUUCGCCACCCGCCACGAGCUUGAAGAGCUGGGCUUGACACAUCUCAUUGGCAGCAAUCUGUUACGGGCCUACAUGCAUGGCUACUUCAUGGACAUGAGGCUGUUCAGGAAAGCUAAGGCGAUCGCUGAUCCAUUCGCUUAUGAUGAAUACAGGAUGCAGAAGAUUAAACAGAAGAUGGAUGAGCAGAGGGCGAACAGGGUUCAAAUAAAGAAACUGCCCAAGGUGAACAAGAUGCUGGCUGAGAAGUUAAUGGACCAAGAAGAAGAACCACUGAAGAAAAAGAAGGGAAUACCAAACUUACUCAAGGAUGAGCGAUUCUCUGCAUUGUUUGCCAACCCUGACUUUGAGGUCGACACGGAGAGUCCUGAUUAUCGUCUGCUCAACCCAGUAGUCUCCAAACUUGACAAACAGAGAAUGAAGAAGAAAAGGCACCAGGAGGUUGCCAUGGAAAUAGAGGAGGAUGAAGAACGAGAAGGUCAUCCGAGUGAUGUUGAGAGUGAUUCCUCCGAUGAUGAUCGGGAAUGGGAGAAGGAGGUGCAGCAACAGCAUCGGCAGAUUAGGCAGGAGGAGAAGAUGAAGAAGAGAGAGGAGUAUCUUGCGCGCAAGUUGAAACCAAAGUUCAUGGAACUCAAAAGUGGCGAGGACUUCUCAAGUUUGCAUGCGAAGAAGAAGAGAGAAUCUCGGAAAAGUCUUGGUGACCGUGUCCAAAAGGAAGUUGAGUCGGGUGUUGCAACACUAACUGGUGCAGGUGGUGGCAGCCGAGAAAUGACAUUCUCACUCAGGAAAAGUGAGAAAGAUAAACAGCGGAGAGUAGAGGCGAGAGAGCAUCACCAGGAACGGAAAGAAUUGCGACGAUCCGCGGGGGACAUUACCAAAAAAAUUCAACACAAACCGAAAUAUUGGAUGGGAAAACGGGUGCAGUGAUUAUCUUGGUUUGUCAUGUGUUUAUGAAGGAGAGACUGAAUUGAUAAAUAGUUCUCACUCAGAAAGACUGAGAAGGGAAAACUGUUGUGUUUUGUGAAUGCAGUCGGGAACCAUUUUAUGUUGUGGCAUGGCCGCAUUUGUUAGUGAUGGACUUAUCAAGUUGCAAAAGUAUACCUGUAUGAUAGUUAAUCAGUCGGCAGUACUUGCAUGUCUCUCCUGUUGGUAGGACACGCUUUUGUUUCCCGAGUGAGAAACGUUGUUUAUAAAGUCUCUAUAUCUAUUUGUCUGCAGUCUGCAGAGUUGAUAAAAACUGAACGAACAGUUGGUUGUGAGUACUUUGAUAUAAAAAUAAAAACUCUACGAUUCCA